AUGCCUUUAUAUUGUGACACAACAUUGGCUCUUGGUGAAAUUUAUGUUUUUAUACUUGGUUUUGGAAAUAUAAUCUUCUCCGAACGACCAACACUUCCACUUACAAUUCUUAUGCAUGAUAGAAAACUUCAAUCAGGACAUAAACGUUUUGUACAAAUCUUGAAUAUGGAUUUACCAAAUCUUCAUAAAAACUGUGUUGUUGUAACUGAUAGUGAAGAUGCACUAAAAAAUGCUUUUCGAAAAUAUUAUCCGACAAUAUUACAGUUGCGAUGUUGGAAUCAUGGUAGUGCUGAUAUAAAAGCAGCUGCUAAAAAGUAUUUUUUCGUUGAACAACAAACAAAUGUUGCUGAUGAUGCUGAUACUCAGGCGAACAAAAAAGAAAUUAUUGAUCAUGUUAUCGAUACAAUUAAAAAUCUUUUACGUGCAUAA